AUGACUCACCCUGCUAACACCGCCACCAUUGCAUCCAGCUCCCAGCUGACAGCAAAUGUGUCUCGUGGCCCAGCAGACGGGAAAUGCAUAUUCAACGAGGAGUUCAAGUUUGUCCUUCUGCCCGUCUCGUAUGGCACUGUCUGUGUGGUGGGGCUCUUCCUCAAUUGCUGUUCCCUGUGGAUGUUUGUCUUCAGGUUGAGGCCUUGGAAUGCUACUACCACAUACAUGUUCCACUUAGCUAUCUCAGACACUCUUUACGUCCUCUCCCUUCCCACCUUGGUCUACUACUACGCCAAGCGCAACAACUGGCCCUUUGGUGAGUGGCUGUGUAAGAUCGUGCGCUUCCUUUUCUACACCAAUCUCUACAGCAGCAUCCUCUUCCUCACCUGCAUCAGCAUUCAUCGUUAUGUGGGGAUCUGCCACCCCAUCCGGUCCCUCAAGUGGGUCAAAACCAGGCACGCGCGUCUGGUUUGUGUCGGGGUGUGGAUAGUUGUCACCAUCUGCCUUGUUCCCAACUUGGUCUUUGUCACCAUCAGUGCCAGGGGCAAUGAGACCCUCUGCCAUGAUACUACAAAACCGGAGGAGUUUGGCCGCUACGUCCGUUACUGCUCCUCGGUGAUGACCCUUUUCUUUGGCAUUCCGUUCCUGGUCAUCGUCGUGUGCUACUGCCAGAUGGCCAAGAGGCUGUGGAAACCUCACUCUCCCAGCUCCAAUCAGAGCAUCCCCUCCUACAAGAGACGCUCCAUCAAGAUGAUCAUCGUUGUGCUGUUGGUGUUUGCCAUUAGCUUCUUGCCAUUCCAUAUCACACGGACACUCUAUUACACCUCCCGGCUUCUGAAAGCAAACUGUUACACACUCAAUAUCAUUAACAUCAUCUACAAAAUUACUCGGCCCUUGGCCAGUGCCAACAGCUGCUUGGAUCCCAUCCUAUACUUCUUGGCUGGGGAUACCUAUCGGGGACGGCUAGUUAGAACAAGAAUCGAAUAA